GAUGCUGCUGCUAAUUUUGCUGCCACUGUGCCGUUGCCGCAGCUGCUCCAAUAAAACUGAGUUGCAUGCAACGGCUGGUAAUUAGUCUCCACAAGGCGCUGCAUCAGCUGCCAUCGAAUCGCGACCGAUCGCAUCCAUGUGAAGGAUACGCCGUGCUCUUGUCCUUUUUCCAGUGUCGUGUGUUGUGUUGAGUGUUCUACCGAAAAAGAAAACCUGAAAAAGCCCAAAAAUGACCAGCCAUCUAAUUGCCACCUGCCUUCUGCUGGUUUUGGGUCUGAACAUGAGCCUGGCGGCGAUUCACAAGCGCAGUGGUGCGAAUUCGCUGGGAGUGGAUCCCGAGGCCAGGCCUGCGGCGAAUCCUGCGGUCAGUGUGGAGAACACGGAUCUGCUGGACAAGCUUAGCUGGAAGUGCGCAAACAACGCGAGUUGCCUGUACGGGGUGGCCAAUGGUCUCAUGGCCUCCUACCGUCGUGGUGAAACCCUCAAGCUGGGGCUUUUCGACCUGGUCAAGUUGCCCGAACUAGAUGCUUCUCGGAAGCACAAGUGGGGCACUGGGCGUGGUCUCUCCAGCUUUAUGGACUUUGUCACGGGAAACGCCAUCAGGGUGCCCGUGGGCCCCAUGGUCUUCAGUGUUCAGCGAGCCGAGGACGACAGCGAUUAUAUCGAGGUGGCACUGCUGAAAAAGGCCUCCAGCAGCACAGGCCGCCUGCAGGGCAAUGGAGGAGGACUACUGGGCGGUGGAGGUGGCCUGGGAGGAAACGGUGGCGGGGGAGGAGGCCUGCUGGGCGGCGGAGGUGGUGACAACGGCGGCGGAGGCGGACUUCUGGGCGGACGGAGGCGGCACCAGCACCAGGACAAGAAGCAGUUCCAGAUGUUCAUACCCAUGUACCUGGCGGCCACAACAUUCGGGUGGACGAUGGUGGCGGCUAAGGCGGUGGGGCUGUUGACUCUCAAGGCUCUGAUCCUGUCCAAAAUUGCCUUCGUGGUAGCCGCAAUAGUGUUGAUCAAGAAGCUCAUGGACAACGCCAGCGAAAAGAUGAUGUACCAGUUCCCGGAGCAGACGCCGUACAUGAUGCCGUACGGCAUGGACUACCCGCUGCAUGGCGCGGAAAUAUCGCCGGAAAUGUAUCCGUCCUCGCUGCAUCACCUGGCGAUGGCCGGCGGCGGCCAGUUGCCAGGACAUCCCGGACAUCCGGGACUGGAGAGUCUGAGCGCCGAGAGCCACCUGCACUCCGCCCAGGUGUCCAGCGACGGCAGCAACAACACACAGGUUCUCGCCGCUUUGGGCGGUCUGGGAGGACUGGGACACAAGAUCAAACGUGAGGACUCCUGGAUGGCGAAGAGUAAGUCCACUCCCGCCCGGCGACCCCUGAUCUACAACUACGUGCAACCCCACAUGCCGUACUACCGCUCCUGAGGCGAGGAUUAGCCAAUUAGCAGCUACCAAAGACCCGUGGGAGGAGGAGGUUGCUCUGCUGCCAUAGGACCCAAAUAUCGGACACGUUGCAUCGGAAAAGCAGCCUAGCGAGCUGGCGUAUUGUUACUUAUUUAUUGAAUCGUAUUUAACUUAGUGAAACCUGGCGCACACAUUUAGUCUAGUUCAAUGUCUCUGUAAUUAGCAGUCGAAGUGCUACAAAAAAU